AAAACUAUAUUUUUGAGAGGGAGUGGUGGAGUGGGGGGGCACAUAGAGAGGGGCAGCGGUGCCCUCUGGUGAUAAGUGACGGGUGACUGAACCAGUUUGUUGGGCCAUCAUUGUUCUCCAAGUCCCUGGGGCAUGGCUUCAUCAAAGAAGGUGGAAUGCUUGGUUUGCAGAAUGCAAGAUAAGCAAACAGGAGUUCCACUGCUCACUCGCCAUUUGAUCACCUUUGCGAUCCCCAACGCAAGCAUCGGCUAUAACAUUGCGGACUGGAUGUUAAGGGACAUGAAAACCACGCAGGAAGAAACAUAUAACCUUUGUAACCUGCUGGUGAAGUAUGGAUACUUGUACCCCGUUCAUCCAGCCGCACACCUCGGCUUUCACCCAAGCAAGCUGUACCACUUCCAGACUCCUUACUUCUGGCCAGACAGACACCGAGAGGCCAGCGACGUGGAGUACGCUGUGCAUCUUGUCAAGAAAAAUGUUCUAAGUAAUGGACAACUGGCAGAGUAUGAGAAGGUGCAGUAUCACCAACUCUUCAGGAGUGAACACCACAAGUGGGACUUUGUGAUCAUUCAGGCUCAAGAGCAAAUUCGGACUCUGAAGGAACGAAGAAAAGGUGAUCGGGCUGUGUUGGCCAGCCAGGAGCAGGCCUACUGGAGGGUGGCCCGGCCACCGCCUGGACUUGACAACGAUGCAUUGAAUGGACCUGUAAAGCACACGAUGGCUUUGCAUCGCGACCAGGUUGCGGAACUUUACAAAAAACAGAUUGUGUAUGGUCGCAAAGCUCUAGGCAGAGCGAGAUUGAAGCCAUCCGUCUCACUUGAGGGGCUCAUCAAAUACAGUGAGCAGUUCACUCCACUCGACCCCUUGCUGAGCGGUUGUUUGCCCAACAACCCCUGGAUGAGCAAUGCCACGACAUACUGGGUACUCAACGCUACAAUGGUGGAGGUGCCAUUGAGACUGCGAGUGGAGCGCUGGGCCUUCAGCUUCCAAGAGCUGAUCCAGGACUUGCGCGGUCGCAAGGAGUUCCAGGAGUUCUUGUGCAAGGAGUUCAGUGGUGAAAAUCUCAGUUUCUGGGAAGCCUGCGAGGACCUUUUAUAUGGAGACUGCACCAAGCUGCAUGAAAAAGUUGAACAAGUUUACACAGACUUCUUAGCUCCUUGGGCUAAACGCUGCAUCAACAUUGACGCGGAGACGAUGGCGGUGACGUUGGAAGGCCUCAAAUCUCCACAUCGUUACGUGCUCGAGGCAGCCCAAGCACACAUUUACAUGCUAAUGAAGAAGGACUCGUAUCCACGCUACCUCAAGUCUGACUUAUACAAGACGAUGCUGGCUGGAGCUAUAGUUCCAUCUGCAGGAAACGCACACUCCCACUGAGAGGUUCCCGGAGCGUCUAGCCACCCUUGGUUGCUGGAUUCCCACAUUGCAUGAUAGUACUGGCUGCAUCCACCAGUGUUGACAACUGGGAAUUAUGAAGGGGUACUGUCUUGAUUAGAUUUGAUUCCAUGAACAAGUUUAACCCCUAUAAGACCCCAAUUAUGUAUGUUGAACUUCUUUUGCACCAUACGCAGCCAACCGUGCUAAUCGGAGGUGUGGGAAAUUAUCAAGUAACAUUGCUGGUUUUCUUUUUCAACUUUCGGGGGCAUUAGUUAUUGGUCACCAUGGUCGGAAAGUUUUGUUCAGGUAUAGCCGUGUAUGAUAUAGAUGGAGCACAUUCCCACGAAUAAGCAGAUGCAAAAUUUGGAAAUUUGAUCAACUACAAAAUCCAAGGGAGGAAACCGAGUUCAAAGUGGAGGAAACACAUUUCCACAUUGUUCACAUUCGUAAAUGUCAAUGUGUUAAGUACUUGUCGGAUUAUCAGGUGACUAAUGUGGUUAUUAUGUUGACAUGCACAUUUGUUUAUGAUCUUCAAUUAGUUUUGUUCGUGUUUAUGUUUGUGUUUAUUAAGUGAUGGCAGUUAUUUUAAUGGAACUGUCUGAUUGCUUAAGGGUUUUAGAUAACUUGCAAGACAAUAAUUAAUCCUAUUAUGUACUCUAUAGUCUAUGUUUAGUGUUUCAUUAGGAAUGCAUACUUAAGUAACUAAAUGUAGAGAGGUAUUGCAUAAAUACAAGUUUUAUGAUAUUCCAAGUCUUGAUAUUAGUAACGCUGCAAUAUGUGUCAAUUCAAAACAGUACUGUCUAGCAUUGUAAUUUUAAAUUUCAAAUAAAGUGGAGACUUCACCAAAGCAAUGAAACUUUUUUAACGUAUGUUGAACUUCUUUCACACCAUACGUAGCCAACAAUCGAUAGUUGAUUCGGGAUUUGCAUCUCUCGUUUGUUCUGUCCUAUUCCAGCCAUUACACUAAAAUAAAUAAUUGCAUACAUCAAAACAUAUUCACGUAUAAUUUCAAGUGUGUAUCGUGACCCAAAAAAAAGGUACUUUGAUUCAUUGGUU